AUGGUACGCUAUUCCAAGCUGCCUUUCCGAAUGUUGGUUCGCAAAUAUUCUGUCGAUGUCGCUUUUACACCUAUGAUUUAUGCAAAAGACUUUGUUGCAUCUGACAAGUGCCGAUCAGUAGAGUUUACUACUUGUGCAGGUGACAAACCAACUAUUGCACAGUUUGCAGCCAACGAGUCAGAAGAGUUUGCUGUAGCAGCAAUGUAUUGUCAAGGUGUUGAUCUAAAUUGUGGCUGUCCUCAGCGACAUGUUAUGAAAGAAGGAUAUGGUUCCAGUUUGUUAACAGACCCCGUUCAAAUUGCAGAUAUUGUUGCAACUGCACGGCGAAGAGUUACAAAGCCUAAUUUUACAGUAAAGAUUUAUUAUUCUGAAAACGACAGAAAGACAUGCCGCCGCGCAGAAAGUGCAGGUGCCUCGUUUAUAACCGUGCAUGGGAGAACACCUGAACAGCGAUCGGAAUUACCAAAUUAUGAGACAAUUAAGUUGAUCAAAUCAACCUUAUCUAUUCCAGUGAUAGCAAAUGGAAAUAUCAAAAGCUACGAACAGGCUCUAGAAGUUGCGAGAUAUACGCAAGUAGAUGGGAUCAUGUCAGCAAGUGGACUGCUGGAAAAUCCAGCCUUAUUCGCCGGUUACAGUACAACGCCUAAAUGCUGUAUCUUAGACUGGGCACGUGGUUUUAUUUUCUUAUCAGUAGAGCAUGGUUGUCCUUUCGACUUGUUCCAUCAACAACUAAUAUUCAUGCUGCGAUCCUCCCUUUCUAGCAGUGAAAAAAUUAUAUUUAACGGGCUAAGUAGUCACUCAGCUAAUUCUUUAGAAAUUAUCUCUUUCUAA